GAAAUUUCAGUCAACUUAACAUAAUUGAAGUCUUUUUAUUUUUGUUCCAGAUACCAUGUAGAUUCGGAUAUCGGAGAAUCAGAGGUUUUAGACGAAUUGCCAUAUUUUUUGUUUGAUUUUUUUCUUGGUAGGAUGGGAGGCGGUGAUAUUUCGAUGCAUGGGAGAUCGUUUGUAGUUUCUCUGGUUAUCUUUAUAAUCUCUGUAUCAGCAACUUCCAACGGGGCAAAACAAGAUGUGUGGGUGGCUGUUUCGAACCAUUUAGAAGGACCGGAAACAGAUCUAACAGUUCCCAGCGCUAACUUUCUCACUGGGAUCCAUGGCUACCGGAAACAAGAUGGCGGGGGGAUCGUCUUCCUUGCGACGGAUGUUGGAAAGAAUGGCGCGGCAUUGUUCAAGAUUGAGGAUGAGAAUAUAACCAAACUUUACGAAGAUAUUUCUGCUACUUAUUUUGAAAGUGUUGUAUACUCUCCUAAAUCCCGUAGUAUUUACCUCACUUCACCCUCCACCCACUCAAUUAUCAGGAUUGAUGAGAGGGGUGAGAGCAGUGUAGUUUACCAAGAUCAAGAAAAGAAACCAUCAGGACUAGCUAUAGACUACUGUACCAACACCAUAUUCUGGAGUAACACACAACGUGGUUCAGCAACCUUAGAGGCGUGGUCUGAGAGUGUUAAAGUGGGUGGAGCCGAUUAUUCUAAAAUAGAAUCAAGAGUGUUGAUAUCUGGGAACCUGACCCGACCCCGAGGAGUAGCUGUGGAUUACGAGGCCGGUCAUCUUUACUGGACAGAUGAGGCAAGAAACAAGUUCUCAAUCUGGAGAUCUAAUCUGAAUGGAAGUGGGCGUGUUCUAGUUGUCGAGGGACUGGGUGGAGAACCCUUUUCUCUUGGUGUCAGUGAGACCUGGAUAAGCUGGUCAGACUGGGCUAAACGUUCCACCUGGAGAAUUCAUAAACAUGCAGAUCACAGUGCGGAGCUUGUUAAAGCGUACGGUCUGUCCAAACCUAGUGGAAUUGUUUAUGUUCCAAACCAAAUAAAAUGUGAUCGCGAUGCCGCAACAACACUGCCUUUCUAUGCCGAGUCGUCUUCCACUGAGAUUCCUGAGCUUGAAUAUCAGACUGAGGUUUCUGUUCACCCAGCAUAUAUGGAUUCAUACUCCAUUCAAGCCAGUCAAGCUAAUGGGUCCAAUAUGUUCUGCUUAGAAGGAGUACUAGAUGAACUAGAUGAAAGUCAAGCUUGUCAGUGCAAUGAAGGAUGGAGAGGGAAAUACUGCCAGGUUUCUGUGUGUGAGAACUACUGCCUCUAUGGAGAGUGCGAGGUGGUAGAAGGAAACUCUGUUUGUUUCUGUAUACCUGGAUACUCCGGAGACAGGUGUGAGAUCUCUCCUGAUGUUACCGAAGGAUAUCUUCCUGUUCAUAUCAUGAAUUAUCUCAUCCUCAUCCUUCCAAUCCUCGUCACCCUACAGUUAAUUGUCAUCGUAGUUCUAGCCGCAGCUUUCAUCAGGUACAAAAGGCAGCCUAGGAUAGUCAGGAAAAGGUUCAUAUCUGUGACAAAGCCAUCAAAUUCAAAGCGCAAGGUUGGCGGAGGUUGUGGCGGAGGAGGUGGCGGAGGAGGUGGAGGAUUGCCUACCGAGGAUGGUAUUCAACUUGAUAUAGAAAACUGUUGCAACAUGACCAUGUGUGAUACGCCUUGUUUCGAGCCGUCCAACAGAGCCCCGAAGGAUCGGAGUAACAGCGUGUAUAGUCCCAAGAAAUCCGGAGGAUAACAAUCUUUGCUCAAACAAAUGCUGUUUUAAUAAUCUGAAAAGAAAAUAUUUUUAUAUUAUUAUCUUCUGAAAUCUGAACUAUAUGUAUUAAUGUAUCUAAUGCCAAAAGAUCAUCAAUCGCCAGCUUGGUGUUUGUCGCUAUUUUAUUUAGAUCUUGCCAAAACUAUGAAAUUAUGCGUCAACUAAAAUUGAUAACUUUUCUAAGAAAUCUGAAAAAAACGAAAAAAAAGAGCGCUGAUCACAAGACUACCUUGACCUGUUCAUUUUACAAAUAUUUAACAUUUCAUGUUUUAGUCAAAUCAGUUUUUAGUCAAACUCCGUAGUGAUACUGCAGGGAAACCAGGAUUUAAAUGCAUAAAUAUGGGAUACGCCUUAUUUGAUAUAAGGUGCUUUAUACAACACAACUUUGUUCAGAUGGUAUUUGCCCGUUUUUUAUCUAUAAAUAUCAUUAAUUUGCCCGUUUUUUUCUCAUAAAAUAUUAUUAGUAUUCGCGGGGUUUUCUUUUGAAAUAUUAGUAAUGUUUAAGUGCUUAUUAUUUCUGAUGGGAUGUUUAUUUUUGGAUUAAAAGUUAGUUAAUAAAUAUAUUUAAAUGUU